GUCCACUUUCCCCAUUUCCUGUGCAGAGAAAGUCCAAAAGGAGAUUGAUCAGGUGAUCGGCUCACACCGGCUACCCAACCUUGAUGACCGCUCCAAAAUGCCAUACACUGACGCAGUCAUCCACGAGAUUCAGAGAUUGUCUGAUCUUGUACCUAUUGGAUUGCCUCACAGAGUCACCAAAGACACCAUGUUCCGAGGGUACCUCCUCCGCAAGAACACCGAGGUGUACCCCAUCCUGAGUUCAGCUCUCCAUGACCCAUGCUACUUUGAACAACCAGACACCUUCAAUCCUGAGCACUUCCUAGAUGCCAAUGGGGCAUUGAAGAAAACUGAAGCUUUCAUGCCUUUCUCUGCAGGUGAGAUAGGCAUGUGAUUUCUUUCCCAGACA